ACAAAAACCGCGCAUGCGCAAUGAAGCAGAUGAUCUAAUAGCAAUGAAAAUUUUUAUUUUCUGUUUCAGUUUUGAUUAGAACGGUAACCUAAGUAUUUUGAAGAUUGAAAUUUGGUGGAUGGCAUUUUUUAAAGAUUAAGUUUUGAUUAGUCCGGAAACUUAAGUAUUUUGAACAUUGAACUUUGGAGGAUGACAUUUUUCCAAAUUUGAUAAAGAGAAUGGCCUGUGCAUGUGCAAAGAGUACUGUUUGCGUAGAUUUUCAAAGACGGUACCGAUAUGGAUAUGCACCGUGUGAUUAAAACCAGAAAGAAAUGGCAUGCGAUAACAUAAACUGAAUAAACGCUUGGAAUUCAUGAAGAGUCAUCAAACAUAUUGUAGAAGAGACAACUUAAAGUAUCAAUCCUAAUAAAUGAUCAUGGCUUCAAAGGACAAAGACUACAGAUUAAUUACUCUUGUUACUGACAUUUGCCCAAUACCUUUGAGGAAGUAUUUCCUUGAUUUAGCGAAUUCUGAUACAAGUCCAGGUGUCCCUUUCACAACGCUUGACCAGUAUAUGGUAUUCCGACAUAGAGAUGUUAAAACACUCAUGAACUUUCCUCAAAAAUCUAUACGGAGAGAUCAGUAUGAUUUGAUAUAUCCAAAGGCUGACGAGACAAAAUGGGACGUUACAUUACUAUCAGCUCUCUUGCUUGGACUUUUUGAGAAUCAGAUGAAGAAAGGUGAAAAUAGUUUGAUUAAAGUAAUUCGUGAAAAACGCAACAAACUGCAGCACAAGCCGGGAAGCGUUGUCACAGAUGAUGCCGAAUUCGAUUCAGAUUGGAACGAUGUUGAAACUGCGACACAAACUUUAGCACUGAUAGUUGGUGGAACAACGUUUGAAAAUGAAGUAACAUAUCAAAUUCAAGCAGUAAAGGUCAAUAAUCUUCCAAGACUAGGCGAUACACUCAGAAGCUGGUAUGAAGAUAUCAUAAUUGAACUUAAGAACGAAAUCAAAGAACUCAAAGAAACAUCUGAAUCAUCUUUACAGAUCCUUCAAGGUGUUUCUCAUAAAAGACCUAUUUCGAAAGGGGCACCAGCUAAAAAGGUAUUGAAAACUGUAGACGUACGCGUGAACAAAUUAAGAGAUUAUUUUAGGCAAACUAUAGAAAGGGAAUUACCAGAAGAUUUUAAAUGUCAACCGGAAGAACGUGAAAUACUGCGUAUCCUUCAAGAAAACCACUGUGUUGUAGUCACUGGCUCCGAAAACACCAGUUACCUAGCAACAGUUUUAUCGGCGAUUAUUAGGUCGGAGAAAUACCCUUUAGAUAGAUGCUUUGAAUUGAAAACAGUUGAUGACUGGAAUAGUAUCGAUCCAAACGAAACAGAUCUUGUUUUAUUCACCGAACCUUUCGUAGAGCAACAGAAUGAGUGCCGCUUACGUCGCAUAUUCCAAAGCAUGCAAGAUUCAUGUAAGAUGCCAAGCAAGGAAUUUAGAAUCGAUGUUGUGAUAGUCUCCGAAAACUCAAAGGUCAACCAUUGGAAGGAGAAUCAUGACGAUAAUGAGAUCUUCAAAAACGUUGUUGAGUUGUUUAUGCCAACUGAUGAAAACAACCCACUGAAUCUUGAAAAACGAAACAUAACAGAUAAGAGACAUGAUGUUGGUGGCGUUUUUGGAAAUAUGAUAGCACAAUCGGAAGUAUUCAUUCAAGACUGCAAAACAGACGCUUCUGACAAUAACGACCUGAUGGAACAAGCGCGGCAAAAGUUUAAGAAACAUAAAGCGAUUGUUAUUACAGGAUCAAAAGGUGGUACAUCCACAAGAUUUGCAUUGAAAUUGGUUUCAUCACUUUACAGCAAAGAUGAAUGCGUUAUUCUUACAGAGGCCAGUGACUGGAAACAAGUAACACUUGGAAAAGUCAGUGUUAUUGUCAUUGACGAAUUUGCAGGCAAAUACAAGUAUAAUACUUUCUUUGUCGAGGCUUGGCUUAACAAAUUUGAUAUAAUCUAUGCAGCUGUAAUCAAAGGACUGCUGAAUGUGAUAGUUACCUGUGAAUCAAGUUUCUUCCAAAAGGUUGUAAAGAAUAUUUCCAGCCAUGCUCUACUGAAUCACAGAGUAAGGUUACCAGAUAAGGCUUUUGUCAAUGUGGUUGUGAAAGAAGAGCCAGUAUCUCCCCCACCCGAGAACCCAAGCUCUUCAAAUACAGAUGAUUCAGCACAGGAAUCAGAGCAAGCCCAAAGUACCAAUGAGGCAGUAAAACCAGAAUGUGGUCCUUUUGUUGAGAUAGUAAAUGACAAUAAGUUUAUUAAAGAGUUCUGUGAGGUAUCCGAUGGUACAACUGUUUGUACUUACCAAACUUAUGAAGAAAUGGAAACUGAUACAGUUAAAAGCAAGUGGUUCCUUGCAAUAUUUUCUCUUGAAACUUUGAAUACAGUGGAAUCCAAGGAACUUGCAUUUGAACCUCAUUGCUUGUCUUCAGUUCAAGGUACUAAUGAGAUUAUUUUUAUAGACAGAAUGGAAUUACACAUGAAACUACAGUCUGCAGCUGUUGACAAUUCUAGCAUAAAGCUUGUGGAAAUUGACAAAACUUCUCUUUAUAGUGGUUCAGUUAAAAAAGUAGCCAAAAUAGUCCACAGUGACCGUUAUAUUACCUGUGAUGAAACACAUAUUAGAAUUUCUCGUUUGAAUUGGACAAAAGUGUGUACAAUUGACAUGUUCGAAGGAAAGCCACUUUUUUAUGAUAAUCAUUACAAUAGUACCUCUUCUAGUAGCAGGAAAAAAAAUAUUACUGACCUAACAGUAGGGUUAAACGAAUUCUUUGUUAGCUCGUUAGAUAGAAUUAUAAUAUUUAAUCUGAAUGGAGUAAUCCUAAAAAAAAUUCUCGCACGGUCCAUGAGAACAUGUAUAUUCAACGACCAAAUGCUUAUCGUUAAUGAAAAAAGAAUAAAUAUUCUUAAUCAUACCGACGGUACAUAUGUAUGUAGUUUAAACGGACCGUAUGGUGGCCCGGAUCGUAUGUAUUACGGGAAGGAAAGCAAGCGUCUUUUCGUUGCAAAUUUCAACACGUGGUCGACGUGUGUCGUUAAAACUUAGCAAUACAAGGUUUAAUGAUGGGCAAAUCAGCAGUUUUUAUGUGGUAGUCACACAAAUUGUUUACUUAAUUAAAUGCUAGACAGUGUGAAAAUAUCUGACAAGUGUUGGUACUAGGAUUGUGUAUAUUAUGUCGUUCAUGUACCAACAUGUUCUGUUUCAGUAUGAUUAGGCUUGUAUUCUGUAAUAAAUGUAUGAUGUAAGGUAAUGAAUUUCAGCUGUAAAUGACUAUCGAAAUCUUUAAAGGAUGAAAAUUGUUUAUGUUAUAAUUUGCUAUUGUUGACCUUUUGUUGUUGUUUUUUUUUAAUAUGUUAAAGAUAACUUUUAAAGUCAUGAGAUAAAUGAGUAAGAUAUUAUAACAUGAAGACUGUGUAGUAAAGAUCUCGCGUAUUUUAAAAUUCAUGGGUACACGUGUACUAUAUCAAAAUAUGUUUAAUGAGAAUAAUAAAAACUCAUAUAAAUAAAAACUCUUGCAAUAAAUCAUAAUAAUAUUGAACUCAUUGACUGACUUUAAUAUGACCUAACAUGGUUGAACCCUUACCAUGCUUUGCGACAUUAUAAUGACAUUUGUAAGUUGAACCAGGAUAUAUGCAAUAUCUUAAACUGUUAAAUAUGUCUAUCAAUAUUGUUAAAUGCAGAUGAUAUAGUUAUACUUGCAAAGAAUGAAUAUAAUUUACAAUUGAUGUUAGAUUGCCUAUGUGAAUGGUGUCAAAAUAAUCACAUGUUGAUCAAUAUGACCAAAAGUAUUGUUGUAUACUUUAGGACAAUGUCUAUGCAGAAAUCUCAGUUUGUAUGUAAAUGCAAUGAUGAGGUACUUCAAUACAGUCAAAAGUAUACCUAUCUUGGUCUGACGUUAAAUGAAUUUUUAGAUAAUUAAGUGACUGCUAAGUUUGUGUCACAAGCUGCAGGAAGGGCUUUAGGAAUAUUUAUUACAAAAUUCAAGGCAAUAGGUGGUAUGCCAUUUCAUGCUUGUAUUAUAAUUAGGUCUUUAUAUAUAUAGUUUAUAUGGAUUUAACACUUUUUAAUCAAUAAAAAUUGUUUCUAAAAAAGGCCUUUUAGUGAUAUCAGUUUUAAAAAAAAUUAAGAUCUUAGCUAUUUUUUAAAAUAUAUCAAAGUGUAAAAAAUUAAACAUCUAAGCUGUUUUAAAGUACAUGCAUUGUAACAAAUUAAAGUUCUUAUGCAAUGGUUAAGUGAUAUUAUCUAUCUACUCAGGUGUGUAUUUUAUUUGAUUUUGCUGGACUGCUCAUAUAUGACUAUGUAAAAUACCUUUCUGUGCUAGGUUUAAUCGAUCUAACCUUUUAAAUGUGGAUUGUAUAUUAUGAUACUUGUAGCAUGUGUGUAACAACAUACAUAGAGUCUCUUAUAAUUCUUUAUAAGAAUAACCAUUUACAUGUAUUUUAAGUUUUAUUGAAUGUAUAUUUGUAUUAUAUGUACAUGUAUUGGAUGAGACUUAUAUAAACUUAUGAAUAUAUAUGUUCAAAAAAUAUUUCUUUAUUUUUGUAUAAAACGAUAUAACAUAAAUAUGAAGCAGACCACAAUUUUUAUGUAGACGACUGCUUUUGUCAGGAAAUUAAGGGAUAGUAUACAUUAAUUUUAUUAUUUUUUAAUGUUAAAAUUCUUUACAUAAAUAUCAUGAUGUUAUGAGUUUAAGGAGCUCCGUUCAUGUUUAUACAUUGAAGUUCAAAAUGCUUUUUAGCUCGACUAUUCGAUAAGAAUAAGUAGAGCUAUUGUAGUCACCCGAGCUAUCAUAACCCAAACCUGUAGACAGGAGGAGGCAACUGUGUCAAGCAUUUUUGACAGAAUUAUGCCCCUUUUUCGACUUUAAUUUACGUUAAAUGUUUUGUGUGUUUGUUUGUUUUUGGUUUUACGUCACACCGACACAGUAUAGGUCAUUUGGCGACGUUCCAGCUUUACUUGUGAAGGAAGACCUCAGGUGCACUUCCGGUCAUUAUUUCAGGCACGAACGGGCACCUGAGUAGAACCACCGACGUUCCGUAAGCUAGCUAGAUAGCUUCCUCACAUGAAAGAAUCCAAAGUCCCUGUCGGGAUUCGAACCCAUAGCGGUGAGGGACAAGUCGUUUGAAGUCAACAACCUUAACCACUCGGCCACGAAAGUUUUUGUAAUACCUCAAAUAAUUUUAAAAGUCCAUUGACAUAUGGCUUUGAAACUUUGCACACUUGUCCAGCAUUAUAACCCCAACCUGUUGACAGGAGGAGGUAACUGUAUCAAGCAUUUUGACAGAAUUAUGCCUUUUUUCAACUUAGAAUUUACAUUUAGGUUUGCAUACCACCUCAGAUAUUUUUAUAUUCUAUUGAAACAAGUUGAAAUUUUAUACUCUUCUUUGAGAGCAUAAUUGGACUCUCUCCAAGGCCUAUAACUGUAACAUGAAUUUAAAGAAAAAUGUUGUCCUUUUGUUAUUAACUCAGAAAAUUUUACAUUAUCAAGGCUCUUUAACUAGCAAGCACUUAGAAUAGUCGAACGUUGCUGUACUACCGACAGCUCUUGUUUUUUGUAAGAAUUACAAUAAAUCAUUUUCUUUCGUUUAGAAUUAUACUCUGCAUAGAUCUAGAUUGAAGUUUAUGGUAGGAGUAAAAUUGCUUUUUUCUCUGGCUGAAUGCAGCAAAGGCAGAAUUUUAUGACGUUUGCUAUGUCCAAAUUUUAACACGAUAAGUUGUAUGUUUAAUAACAUCAUUAGAUUCCUCAUAUGCAUAAAAAGUCAUCAGUGCAUUAGUUAUAAUUUAAUAUCUAUUAUGUUUAAAGUAUGUGUUGAUAAUGAUUCCAGAUUAUUUACUGAAAGGCACGUUAUGCCUCAGAAAAAAGUCAUUAGAGGAAUAAAUUAAAAACAUUUAUGGGGCAUAAUGGGCCUUAGAAAACAUGGAUACGUUCUGGGGGUAGUUACUUCCCCUUGACUGAUAUAAAUUGUUUGAUACAUGCUGUUACUAAAAUAAUAAAACAGUAAAAAUAACACAGAAUUUCAAAUUGCAGAAAUAAAAUUCAGGUUAUCCAGUCGUAUAAUUAAUAACAUGGAAGUCUCGCAAGAACUUUGAAUCUUUUUGUUUGUUUGUUGUUGUUGUUUUUCCUUUAUAAAAUUUUCGUUUUUGUGUCUUUUUGUCAUUUGUUAAAGAUCCUGUAACACAACUUUUUCAUGGUUUUAUUUCAUAAAUAUGAUGCGCAAAUUAAAAUUUGUCAAUAUUGUAAGUUCCAAUAAGCAUUGUUUAUAAAGAUAUUACCCAAUUUAACAUUUCAUGUAAAUAAAGGGAGGUAAUUAGAAAUUUAUUUACUAUUAAUUCAAAGUCAAAUUUUCCAAUAAGAAAUGAAUGCAUAUAAUUUAUCAAUUAAAUAUAAUGUGCACAAAUAUUUGCAGUACUUAUUUUACAUAUUGUUCGAUCCUCACUCGGGUCGAAAUCUUUCAUGUGAGGAAGCCAUUUAGCUGGCUUACGGAUGGUCGAUGGUUCUACCUGGGUGACCGCUCGUGCCUGCAAUAAUGCCCGGAGGGGCACCUGGGGUCUUCCUCCACCAAUUAAAGCUGGAAAAAAAAUCGACGAAAAAAUCUCGGCUGGACGCUCUAGGAUGGCCCGACUUGAGCGUACGGUCGCCCAUAUGGGCUUUCCGGCGGCGACUUUAAAUAAACGCAUUAAAAAAAAAUACACACUUAGUCACAAUAUCAGUCACAAAACAUACAAGAUCUUUAAAUGAUUCUGAGCUAAUAUGUCAGGACUUGACAUGAAAAUAGUGAUUGUUUUAUAGAUAUAUUAAGUAGACAUUUCAAGCUUAUAAAUUUUACUGAUUAUUGUAUAAAUUUGAUUUACUGCAUCGAAAAUCACCUUUUUCGUUUCUGAGGUGAUAUUUUGUGUUUAUAUUGAUAGCUGUCAUUAACGUUUUGGUCCGUAUUGCAAAGUUUAUUACUGGUAAAAUAAUUGCUUUAUAUAGUCUUCCCUAACUUUUUCGUCUCCGAUUUUUUGACUUUCGGAAUAAGAAAUAGUUGCAUAUUUAUAGUGGUCAAAUGUAAAACAAUACAAUUAACAAUCAUUAGUUUUUUUUAUCAAAGUCAUUAAUUGAUACCUGUAAAUUCUACAUUAUAAACCUGAGUUGGCAUCACUCUUACAGGAAGUUAUGACGUAUACAUAGCAAUACAACAAUUUAAGAUCUCCUUCAUUUUAAAGAUAUGCAAACAUUCGUGAACAGAAAUAAAUAUUGUCUCAUUAUGAUGAAACAAUUAUGAUGAAAAAAAAUUGUAUUGCAUUUAAUAUCUUCUUAUGUAGUUCCUUUAAUUUUAAUUCCAGGUUCCUAUUUUUGAAUUCCAGGAAAGAUGGAAUAUUUGUUUUUAAAUACAUUUUGAACAUUUUUGUGUUGUCU